CCGUUCGUCUGUCGACUCUUCUCGCAGUCGACACUCUCGCCCAAUACCUUUCGUUCUGUUCCGCCUUAAAGGCAUAGGCACGCCUUCGCUGUUGAUUCCCGACGCCUCCCGCAAGUGAGCUUCCGGUUGGCUUUGCAGGACUUGCAUUCUAGUCAACCUUCGUGGGUUCCCGUUACCUCCGACUUCUGCAAUUAUAGGAAGAGGCCACCGAGGUUCUCCACUAGACUCGCCGGGUGGAUACGAGUUGCCUUCAAUCAUAACACCUGCUACCGACUAUUGUUCGCUUUGUCGCCGCGAAGAGUUUCCCUUCUUGUCUUGUCCUCGCGGCUAUCGGAGGAAGUGACGCAUUCGUCCCUGCCAUCUCCCGUCAAAUCGUUCCAACCUGGCAAUUUUCACCGCUGAGAAUUGGCCACGCGACCACUCUCAACAGCAUCACAACCGCAUACCUUUCGAAAUAUUCUUACGACAAACGGCGAACCAUGUCGUCCGCGGCCAUGUCCAAGAAAAAGCAGGGGAAGAAGGUUGCAGAUCCGAAUGAGACCUCGAAGCUGCUGGCCGCCAAAAUCUCGCAGCUGGAGCAAGAUGCUGCGGGAGAGAAGGACCAAGAGGCCGAGAUUGAGCGCGAGGUUAAGAAAGCCACGAGAGAUCUCAAUCAACUCCUCAACAAUAUCGAAUCCCCGAUGACGCGGCUCGAGACUGUGCACAAGAAAUACACCGAACUUCUGGCCGACAUGAAGAAGCUGGAUCGCGACUAUGCCAAGAGCAAGAAGCGGGCAGAUCAACUCCAGAAGGACCAGGACAAGGGCAAAUCGGAACUGAAUAAGACCGUCACUAUGAAGGACAAACUUGAGAAGCUGUGCAGAGAGCUCACAAAAGAAAAUAAAAAAGUGAAGGACGAAAACAAGAAGCUCGAAGAAACUGAGAAGAAAGCAAGGCUGAUCGUCAACGAACGCCUCGACUCGCUUCUGUACGAUAUUCAAGACGUCAUGGCUGCCAAAGGAAAUCCCCGCAACGAGAAAGUGGAUAUCGAUUUGGACGAAGCUCUGCGUGCGAAGAUCAAAACGAUCGGCGAGAAGUUCGAAAUGCGUGAACUACACUACAAGGCAUUGCUCCGUAGUAAGGACGCGGAGAUACAAUGUCUUACCGCCAAGUACGAAGAACAACGGCGAGCAGCGGAGAACGAAGCUGCCCGCUGCCGGGCAUUGAGUUCUCAGGUGUCAACUUUCUCGCAUACUGAGGCGGAGUUGCGCAGCCAGCUCAACAUCUACGUCGAGAAGUUCAAACAGGUGGAGGAUACGCUGAACAACAGCAACGAGCUCUUCCUUACAUUUCGCAAAGAGAUGGAAGAAAUGUCCAAGAAAACUAAACGCUUAGAAAAGGAAAACCUCACUCUCACGCGCAAGCACGAUCAGACGAAUCGCAACAUACUGGAGAUGGCUGAGGAGCGCACAAGAAACCAUGAGGAGCUGGAAAAAUGGCGGAAGAAAAGCCACCACCUCGAAGCGCUCUGCCGACGAAUGCAAGCCCAGGGGCGGGGGCAAGGUCUUGCGGCGGAUCUGGAAGGCGAUGACGAGGGUACGGAGAGCGAGUACGACGAGGAUUACGAAGACGAAGAAGACGAUGAGGGAAUUAGCGAUGACGAUUACGAACUGGAAAGCCGGGACGGCGACCUGAACGGAGACCGCAACGUUGCUCAGCAGCCCGAGAAGCCUGUGUUCGGACCCCCUCCGCCACCUAAUCUACUGGAAGCGCGAGCCAACGGAAAUAAGGCGAUGAUCAACGGAUGUCACUAAUACCCUUUUUUCCGCGCAGAAGUUGUUUUCGAAUAUGGUCUUUUGGGCUUGUUCUUGAUAUCAAAUGGCAAAGGGAUUUCCUGGCGGCACUUACGCCACUGCCAUCAGUCUGAGGGUGGGUCAUGGGCCUGAUGAGCUGAAAAUGAUACAUUCCCUGAACGCUAUGAGUUGACCCGAAUAAUGUCAAUGCUGGCCUCUUCAUGUAGGGUGCCAUCGCUGCUCGAUGCAACACUUGUAGUCGCACCAGGUGUUGCAAAGAGAAUCGGUGCUAAGGCUCCUCAUCCAAAAACCCAUCAAGGCCAUUGAAUUGCAGUAAGCACUGUCAGAGCCAUAGGCCCUUUGCGAGUUGCGAUCCUUUGACAUUUUGUUCAUUUUUAUUUCUGUUCGUGUACUUGUACAUGCUAGAUCACCAGCAUCCGGACGUACUUAUUACGUUACCAUGAGAAAAUACCACACAAAGUGAUGUCAUGC